CUAUUAAUGAUGAUGACAUGGAAAGAAUAGCUUUAUGUCUAAAAGUUUUGGCUGACCGCUCACCUCUGAUGAUAGAUAUAUUGAAUGACAAGUGCCGUAAAUCUCUCGCAGCUAUGUUAGCUGCUAAACAUGAGGAGGAGCAGGAAUACCUAAAGUCCAAAGAGAAGAAAAGUGUUGUUGUUCAUGCUGAUGAUCCAAUCACUUUCAGUCAGCUGACUGCUAAAGGUGAUGCAUCUGGAACAGAGAAUAUGUUCGAAUUGAGCCUUUCUCAAGCUAUGGGAGUUUUGAAAAAAGAUUCACCUGCGGAUUUGAGCUCUUCCAAACUGAGCAAAGUGACACAACUUACUGGCUUUUCUGAUCCUGUAUAUGCUGAAGCAUAUGUACAUGUGAACCAAUAUGAUAUUGUUCUAGAUGUCCUCAUAGUUAAUCAAACCCCAGAUACUCUACAAAAUUGCACACUUGAAUUGGCCACACUAGGGUAUGGAAUCCGAAUUGGAAGCAAUAAAACCCUUGAAGAGUGGGACUUAAAACUUGUAGAAAAACCGUCACCAGUUAUGUUAGCACCACAUGAUUUCUGCAAUAUCAAAGCAAGUGUUAAAGUGGCCUCAACUGAAAAUGGAAUAAUUUUUGGAAAUAUUGUGUAUGACAUAAGUGGAUCUACGAGUGAUCGAAUUGUUGUUGUCCUGAAUGACAUUCAUAUUGACAUUAUGGAUUACAUAAUUCCUGCAACUUGCACUGACCAGGAAUUCCGUCAAAUGUGGGCAGAAUUUGAAUGGGAGAAUAAGGUUUCUGUGAAUACAAACUUAUGUGAUCUUCACGAUUACCUUAUGCAUCUUAUAAGUUUUACCAAUAUGAGGUGUUUGACUCCUGAAAAGGCAUUAUCUGGUGAAUGUGGUUUUAUGGCUGCAAACCUGUAUGCUCGCUCCAUAUUUGGGGAAUAUGCAUUGGCUAAUGUCAGCAUUGAGAAAAACCCAAUGCACCCAGAAGCCCCUGUGACUGGUCACAUUAGAAUUAGAGCAAAAAGUCAAGGCAUGGCUCUUAGUCUUGGAGAUAAGAUUAAUCUAAGUCAAAAAAUGGGUCUCAAAAGUGGUGCAUAGUUUUUACAAAGGAAGAUGGAAAAUGAACUCUUUUUUUAGUUCAUCUUUGUUUUCCAAUUAAGGAGAACUUUGUGUAUAAUUGGAGAACAGCAGUUUUGAAUUUUGUUUUCAUUAUAUUAAAUUUGUAUUAUUUUUUUAUGUAUAAAUAAAAACAAGUUAUUGAAGAAUG